CUCCGUGGCAAGAAGCAAAAGGGCGUCCCAGCCUUGUCUGAUGCGAGGCUGCGACAGACACCCCGCCAUGAUGCGAAUUCGGAAGGUCGAUGACCUCGGUUGACGCUGGGCUUCUCAGCUUACAACGACAAAUCUAUCAUCCAACAGCUUAUUGUUUACGUUAUCAAACGCGGCCUCGCCAUUGGGUCUUUGUACUCCCGUUUCCGCCUCGCGUUUCCCUUUGUCUCGCUUUUAUUUGAGCCCUUUCUGCCUGCUGGAAAAACAGAGGGCCUGCCCGCUCUUUGGGUGGUAGCAUAAGUCAGAGCACGGAGAAAACAACGCAUUUCCCAUCAAUGGUGAGUCUCGGUGGCAGGACCACCGUAGCCAAAUAUCUCUUCACCCGCCUCCGCCAGCAGGGCGUGCAUGCCAUCCACGGCGUCCCGGGCGACUUCACCCUCAAGGCCCUCGACUACCUCCCCCAGGCCGGGGUGAAAUGGGUCGGCACCUGCAACGAGCUGAGCGCCGGGUACGCCGCGGACGGGUACGCACGGGUGCGCGGCCUGGGCGCGCUGCUCACGACGUACGGCGUGGGCGAGCUGAGCGCCAUCAACGCCGUCGCGGGCAGCUUCAGUGAGCAUGUCCCCGUGGUGUCGAUCGUAGGCACCCCGCAGCGCCGCUUGCAGGACGAGAGGAAGAACGUCCACCACACUCUCGGCGACGGCCGGCCGCGAGUGUUCGCCGAGAUCGCGAGGCACGUCACGGUCGCGCAGGCCAACCUGGUGGACGAAGCCAGCGCGGCAGAGGAGAUCGAUCGCACGAUCGAGGCUGCGCUGAGGGAGAGCAGGCCGGCGUAUAUCGAGCUUCCAGCGGAUAUGGUGGCCAAGGAGGUGGACAGCGCGAGGUUGGAGGAACCGCUUCCCUCGCAGACCUCGACUGGUGGCGACGAUGAGGACCGCGAGAUGAGACUUGUGGACGAUCUCAUGAAAAGGAUAUAUGCCGCCAAACAGCCCCUGCUGCUCGUCGACAGCGGCGGCGGCGUCCGGCAAUUGAGGAGCGAGAUCAACGACUUUGUCAGCGCCUCCGGGAUUCCGACCCUGUGCAUGCCCUCCGGGAACGGGAUGGUUGACCAUUCACUCCCCAACUACUAUGGCGUCCACUCUGGCCCUGUCGGACAGAUUGACACCAUGCCAUAUGUCCAGGGCGCGGAUCUGGUGAUUGCCUUUGGGCCCAUGUUCUCCGACACGCAGACGCUGUCGUGGAAGGUCGUCCCGGAGCCUGCGAAGACGAUUACGCUGGCGAAGAAUUCCAUCCACGACCCUACCAGUCCUAAGAGCGGGGGGACAAAGACGGACAGGAUCGAACUGAGGCGGUUUCUCACGCGACUGACGCAGCAGAUUGAUCGUUCGAAGACUGCUUCGCCCGACGUGGCAUGUCUCGGAGACUUCCGCACAGUCCAGCCGCCCGCGUUCGCCCAGGCGAGCGUCGACCUCGACGCCCCCAUCGACCAGACGUCCUUCUACCUCCGGCUCAGCGCGUACCUCCGCCCCUACGACGUCGUGGUCCUGGGCAACGCCACGCCGAUCCUGGGCGGCCGGGACCUGGUCCUGCCCACGGGAGCCCAGAUGAUCGCCUCGGGUCAGUGGUUCUCGAUCGGCCACAUGCUGCCUCUCACCAUGGGCGCGAGUCUCGCCCGCCGACAUCAACACCAACACCAGCGAAGACGCCGACCACACGAGACAGAAGCAAACAGUGGAGGUGGGGGAAGAACAAUCCUCCUCGACGGCGACGGGGGCUUCCAGGUCACCGCCCAGGAGCUGGGGACCAUGAUCCGCUACAAGAUCCCCGCGACCAUCUUCCUGGUCAACAACGCCGGGUACGCGUACGAGCGCCAGAUCCACGGCAUGCACGAGGACUACAACGACCUCGCGCCCUGGCGGUAUCAGGACCUGGCCCGCACGUUCGGCGCGAGCGAGGCCCAGCUUUCCGCCACCGCUCCACGCCGAGCGUCCGAGGAGACCGUGGAUGAUGGCGAUGACGACUAUUACCCCGUGCGCAACUACGAGGUCGCAACCUGGCGGCACCUCGAGCAGUUACUCGCCAACGAGCAGUUCUGUCGGGGCCGCGGCCUGCACUUCGUCGACGUGAGGCUGGGCAAGUUCGAUGUGCCCGAAAAGUUCAAGGUCGUGUUCCAGAGGGCCGGAGAGUCGUUGGGGUAGAGUUACUCAGAUCCUGGGAGAAAGAAGAGGCGGGAGAGAGGUAUAUAUAAUGUCGAGCUAGACAGAUAGUCGGUUUAAAUGAUCUUUAGAUGA